ACAGAGCUCUGCUGCUGCUCCUUCCAUCAGCACAGGCUUCUGGCAGUGAGGCAGCCGGGAGACAGACCAGGAACUGCAGCAGAAGGUGCAAGCAAGGGAGUCAAACAGAGCCCCAAGAUGUGGUGCCCCUUCAUGCUGCUCUGCUCCCAAGGAAUUGCCUUUUCAGCAGGAUUCACAGCAGCCUCCAUCCCAAGCCACUGCAAGAAGAGUCGCGACCCCGAAUGCUUCAUGAAUGUUAGUGAAAUUAUCAGAUAUCAUGGAUUCCCCAGUGAGGAAUAUGAAGUUACAACGGAGGAUGGAUACAUUCUUGGUGUUUACAGAAUUCCUGCUGGAAGGAACAGCCAAAAUACAGAGAAGAAGCCUGCAGUCUUGCUACAUCAUGGUGUUUUAGCAGAUGCUAUUCACUGGAUUUCCAACCUGCCCAACAACAGCUUGGGCUUCCUCCUCGCAGAUGCCGGCUACGAUGUCUGGUUGGGAAACAGCCGAGGAGACACCUGGUCUUUAAAACACAAGACGCUUAAGCCCUGCCAGAAAGAGUUCUGGCAGUUCAGCUUCGAUGAAAUGGGUAAAUACGAUAUUCCAGCAGAGCUGUACUUCAUCAUGAAUAAAACCGGACAGAAGGAUGUUUACUAUAUUGGUCACUCGGAAGGGUCAACUGCAGGCUUCAUAGCAUUUUCUACUUAUCCUGAUUUGUCUCAGAAGAUUAAAGCAUUCUUUUCUUUGGCACCAGUAGUCACCAUCACACAUGCUACCAGUCCUGCGGUAAUGCUCACACAGCUUCCCCAGCCACUGAUCAGGUUACUACUUGGCUGCAAAGGAGCUUUUCACUACCAUGAACUGAUGAAAGGACUUGCAACACAGCUCUGUGCAUGUCUGGGAAAAGUUUGUGGCAGUAUCUUCUGCGCCAUAGCAGGGGGCAGGAUACAAAAUAUGAACACGAGUCGAGCAGAUGCUUAUGCAGGACAUUACCCAGCUGGAACAUCAGUACAGAAUGUUAUUCACUGGCAUCAGAUAUUACGUGCAGACCAGUUUCAAGCUUAUGACUAUGGCUGUAAGGAGAACAUGAAGAGAUACAACCAGUGCAGACAGAUUCUUGCAGCCUGCCCUAUUGAUGAAGGGAUGUGUCCAAUGACAUGUCAACUUACCUGCCAUUCCCAAAAGGCUAAGAGCCACACCCAGGUCCAAGGACUGGAUGAGUACAGAGAUCUUCACUUCCCCAAAAAUCCUCAAGACUGCUCCUCCUGUGUACAAGAUAGAGGAGAUAAGGACACCAACUGCUGUUUGGAGUGGUGGAGAGGACAAAUUUGCAGACCCAAAAGACAUGGCAAGGCUACUUCCUCGGAUCACUAAUCUCAUUUACCAUGAGCAUUUUCCUGCAUGGGGACAUCUUGAUUUCAUCUGGGGCCUUGAUGCAACUGAGAAAAUGUAUCUGAAAAUCAUUGAACU